CUUCUAAAUUAUUAUUAUCUGGUUGGGUUUGUUGGUUUCACUUUGGAGUUUGUAUUUCUUUUAUUUUUUCCAUCUCAGUAGUGCCUUUGUGACUUUAUCUCCCUGUAUAGCUCACGCACACACACACAGAGCAACCAUUUUUAUAUGGUCUCACUACCUCUCUCCCUCUUUCCACACCACCAUGGAGAACACCCUUCUCCUUUUCUCUCUUCUCCUCCUCCUAGUUCCUUCCUCUGCUCAAAUGCCAGGGUUUGUUAGUUUGGAUUGUGGAGGUGAAGAGUUUUUCACUGAUGAUCUUGGGUUGAAUUGGAGUCCUGAUGAACUUCAUUACGGCGAAACGAGUUUUAUAGAGGUUGUGAAUGAGACCAGGAAGCAAUACACUUCGCUGAGGCACUUUCCUGCUGAUUCAAGAAAAUACUGUUACACAAUGAAUGUCACAAGUAGGACUAGGUACCUACUGAGAGCUACAUUCUUGUAUGGCAACUUUGACAGCAAUAAUGUUUAUCCUUCAUUCGACAUUUCUCUUGGGGCAACUCAUUGGUCUACGAUUGUGAUUUCGGAUGCGAAUACUAUUGAAAUGAGAGAGCUGAUAUUUCUGGCUACUAGUCCUACUGUGAGUGUGUGUCUGUCCAAUGCUACAACUGGGCAGCCUUUUAUAUCGACCUUGGAGCUUCGACAGUUCAAUGGUUCAGUUUACUUUACUGAUUAUGAACAGCGCUUCUACCUCAGUGUCUCGGCUAGGAUUAACUUUGGUGCAGAUAGUGAAGAUUCAAUUAGGUACCCUGAUGACCCUUUUGAUAGAAUUUGGUUAUCAGACUCUAUCAAGAAAGCGAAUUACCUAGUUGACAUUGCUGCUGGAACCAAGAAAGUCGCAACCAAAUUGCCAAUUGAUGUUAACAGGGAUGAACUACCGCCUCAGAAAGUUAUGCAGACGGCUGUAGUUGGUACAAAUGGAUCACUGACUUACCGGUUGAACUUGGAUGGUUUUCCUGGUACUGGCUGGGCAGUCACCUACUUUGCAGAAAUUGAAGAUUUGGCACCGGAUGAGUCCAGAAAGUUUAGGCUUGUACUUCCAGGAAAUCCUGAACUCAGGAAAGCUAUUGUCAAUAUUGAGGAAAACGCCCAAGGAAAAUAUCGUCUCUAUGAACCAGGAUUUACAAACUUAUCUCUUCCAUUUGUAUUAUCUUUUAGAUUUGGGAAAACAUCCGAUUCUACCAGGGGCCCUCUCUUGAAUGCAAUGGAGAUAAAUAAAUAUCUGGAGAAAACUGAUGGGUCUCAAGAUGGAGCUGCUAUUGCUAGUUUCAUUUCACAGUACUCAUCUGCAGACUGGGCACAAGAAGGUGGUGAUCCAUGCCUUCCAGUUCCAUGGUCUUGGGUUGAGUGUAGUUCUGAUGCACAACCAAGAAUCAUUAAAAUUAAAUUAUCCAGUAUGAAUUUGACAGGGAAUAUCCCUUCAGACUUAACAAAGUUGAGCGGUUUAGUUGAGUUUCACCUGGAGAAUAACCAGUUGUCGGGUGGACUGCCAUCCUCUUUGAUGGACCUACCAAGUUUGAAGGAACUGUAUGUGCAAAAUAAUAAGUUAUCUGGAAAUAUACCAUCAGGUCUUGACGACAAAGUGGUUAUGAACUACACUGGAAACAUUAAUCUUCAGAAAGGGGGGAGAACUGGUAGUCGGAAAGGUAUAAUUAUUGGUACAACAGUUGGGGCUACUGUCCUAGUUAUAGCAACCAUUGCAUCUUGCAUACUUUUGCGCAGAGGAAAAAAGAAAUACCAUGAGCAAGGUAUGAGCAAACUUAGUCCACCCUUAACUGUGCAAAGGUUAGAGUCUAACAAGAAUGAUGCUCCAACUGAAGCUGCACACUGCUUCAGUCACUCUGAAAUUGAAGAGGCUACUAGAAAGUUUGAGAAGAAAAUAGGUUCGGGAGGUUUUGGAGUUGUUUACUAUGGUAAAACAAAAGAUGGAAAGGAAAUUGCAGUUAAAGUUCUAACCAGCAAUUCCUUUCAGGGAAAGCGAGAAUUUUCAAAUGAGGUAACUCUUCUUUCAAGAAUACACCACAGGAAUCUGGUCCAGUUUCUUGGGUAUUGUCAAGAAGAUGGUAGAAGUAUGCUUGUUUAUGAGUUCAUGCACAAUGGAACUCUCAAGGAGCAUCUUUAUGGCCCAUUGACACAUGAACAGAGAAUCAAUUGGAUCAAGCGCCUGGAGAUUGCUGAAGAUGCAGCAAAAGGGAUCGAAUACCUUCAUACGGGCUGUGUUCCGGCCAUUAUUCACAGGGAUUUGAAAAGCAGCAACAUUCUAAUUGACAAAAACAUGAGGGCAAAGGUUUCAGAUUUUGGUCUUUCCAAACUUGCAGUAGAUGGAGCAUCCCAUGUGUCCAGCAUAGUUCGGGGCACUGUUGGGUAUCUUGAUCCUGAGUAUUAUAUCUCUCAGCAGUUGACAGACAAGAGUGAUGUUUACAGCUUCGGUGUCAUUCUUCUUGAGCUAAUAUCCGGUCAAGAAGCAAUAUCAAAUGAAAACUUUGGUGUUAAUUGCCGUAAUAUUGUCCAAUGGGCGAAGUUACACAUCGAAAGUGGGGACAUUCAAGGAAUCAUUGAUCCCUCGCUGCAUGGCGAAUAUGACAUCCAGUCAAUGUGGAAGAUAGCGGAGAAAGCUUUGAUGUGUGUUCAAGCACAUGGAUACAUGAGGCCCUCAAUUUCUGAAGUUCUCAAGGAAAUCCAAGAUGCAAUAUUGAUGGAAAGGGGUGCUGCAGCAGCAAGAGACGGUAACUCAGACGACACGUCGAAGAAUUCCAUUCAUUCUUCGUUAAAUUUGGAUCUUGGUGGAACUGAUAAUUACCUGUCACUUGAUGAGUCUAUUGUGCGGCCAACUGCUCGAUAGUGAGCAUUAUUUUUUACACCAUAUUCAUUUGUUGUAUAUUUUCAUUACUAUGACCGCCCCUUCUGGGCACCUAAGAAGGUGAAAGGUUAAAUAGCUAUGAUGUGUUAGGUUGCAAAUUUUGAUUUUGCAAAUUAUUGGCAUAACUG